AUGGCCGUGCUCAACGUCGUUGGAUCGGUGGUGACUGUCACAGCCUUGCAGUCCAACUUAGCACCGGGCACUUUUGUUACUCCUGCGGCAGCUGUCAAGCCAAGAUUUAGAUACUGGCUGCCUGAUUGUAGUAUCGACGCCGAUCUAAUGGUGGAUGACAUCCAGCAGCUUAAAGAGCGCAAUGCUGGUGGUAUAGAGCUUCACAAUUAUUUUGGGUCUCCACAGGGAUACCCUCCCACAGACUGGGACACAAAUGGAUAUGGUUCUCCCAAUUACCUAGCUCUCUUCAAGGUUGCUAUGCAGGCGGCUUUGAAGAAUAAUAUCUCCUUCGACUACGCCAUGAGCAACAAUGGGGCUGUACCAGCUGAAUGGAAUGAUCCAGGUCUUGCUUGGGCUUUGAAAUCAAGCAGUGCCACCGUCAAUGGCACCUUCAACGGAACGUUACCAGGUUGGGGCAAGGCGAAAUUACUUGCUGCGCAUACGUAUGCGGUCACAAACGUUGAACAAGUGAACUCGCAUUCUACUACACCAUUUGGUCGGCGUGGAAGUUAUACAAAGUCUACCAUAUCGAAUCAUUCGCUUAGGGAGGUCACAAGUCUGGUUCAGAUGGAUGGUACUGUCAGUAUCACCCCGACCCUGUUAGAGGGAGCUAAGUCAUAUGGCCUCGAAGCAUGGUAUUUAUAUCAGCCCCUUGGGCGUGAGAUCAUAGCCAACAGUCACCCAAAGACUUUCCUUGGAAACGGGAGCUUGUACACAGAUCAUUUCUCAUCGACAGGCGCAAAGGUAAUCACUGAUUUCCUAGAAAAACACAUCUUCAUUGAUGGUGCCAUGGAGCUCAUCAAGAAAGUGGGUCAUUAUCUAUGGGAAGACAGUGUUGAGAUACCUGCAAACGUGUAUUGGACGCCCGGGUUAGAGAAUCUAUUUGAGAAGCAGCAUGGUUACUCCAUCAUUCCCUUUCUCCCGCUCAUUCAGUCCAUCGGUGGAUACCAGGCCAGCUCGCCAGGUUCGAGGAUGGUGACUGAUGCUGCAACGUUCAAUACUGGGGUCGUAGAUGACUUCUUAUCGACAUUAAAUGUUGGCCUCAAAUCUUAUUACGAUCACCUCGUUAACUUCACGAACUCGCUCGGGCUCAAAUUCUCCGCCCAGAUUGGAUACAACCUUCCUGUAGAUAUGUUACGUGCAGUUCCUUUGGCGGACGCGCCCGAGACUGAGACUCUCUCUUUCGGCAACAACAUCGACGGGUUCCUCCAGUACUCAGGACCAGCCGACUUGUCCGGAAAAGAAAUUAUUUCUAUUGAGCUAGGAGCUGAUUACGAACUGUCAUUUUCGCAGACGUGGAGCAGGCUGUUGCAUGACGCGAAACGUGCUUUUGUUGGAGGAGUGAAUCAAGUCAUAAUCCAUGGUGCGACAUAUUCAUAUAAUUUCACCGGAACGACUUGGCCAGGCUAUACAACCCAUGGAUAUGACUAUCCUGAGCAUUCUAGACAUCAGCCUGGCUGGGAUGUUGGAUAUGCCGAGGCUUUAGCUUAUCUUGGAAGAGUUCAAUGGGUCUUACAAAGUGGUACGCCAAAGGUAGACGUGGUACUUUGGGAUAAACAGUGUCCACAAAACGCGUUUCCCUCCACAUUAUACAUACCAUCCGAUCUUCAGGCGGCUGGAUACACUCACGAGUACCUUUCCCCGGACAACUUUGCUCUGAAAGAAGCUUAUGUGCACAAUUCCAUACUGGCUCCGAGAGCGCAAGCUUUUAAAGCCUUAGUCAUUCGCGGGAACGAUACCUUGACGCCAGAAGGCAUCAGAUAUCUCACUAAUUACGCCGAGGCUGGCCUCCCUGUUAUAAUUAGUGGAGAUUUGACAUAUAGAUAUGAUACCGCUGAUGAAACAGCCAUCAAGGGAGCGAACGAGACAUUGAAAUCUUUCAUCGGCGCCAACAAUGUCCAUCAGGUUCCAUAUGAGAACCUAGCUUCAUCGAUCGCUUCAAUAGGUAUUGCUCCGAGAUCGCGUAUCGAUGCCAAUGGGACGUGGUAUACCAGAUGGCGAGAGCUAUCCAACGGCGAUAUCUACGUGUUAAUUUACAAUGAGGGCGACUACAGCACAGGCAGCAUUACCUUCCAGGCAACAGGGUCAGCCUAUUUUCUGGACGCAUGGACUGGCGGGGAAUCCAGAAUUGGAGUAUAUACUCGGGAUGAUGACAACAUCACCAUACCGAUGGCUCUGCAAACUCUAGAAACAGCAAUUAUCAAACUCAAUAGUAGCGAGCCAUUGAAUACGCACGUUACUUCACACACAGCAUCCGUCCUAGGGUUUCAGAUCGAUGAUCAUUCCGUCAUAGGAGCCAAAGCUGCUUAUUCGAAUUCGUCAUCAAUAGUUUUAUCUUCUGGCAGGACCGUGGACCUCGAUGUUUCGAAAAUCGAUCUAGCUUAUACCAUGAAAGACUGGAAAUUGGUCGUCGAACAAUGGGUUCCCCCGGAUGAUCCAUAUGAUCUGGACUUCGACGCCAAGAAGUUAAAUACUACCAUUGAUAUCUCUGGAGGUGUUCUCUCAUCUUGGAGUGAUCUCGGAUUGACAAACAUGUCAGGCAUCGGAUUCUACAACGCAGAGUUCGAAUGGUACUUAGACAAUGAUACUAAACUAGUAAAUGGGGCAUUUCUCUCCCUUCCAGCUAUAGAUCAAGGUGUUACCGGAUCGUUAAACGGGAAAUCCUUACCUACACUUGACAUCACAAAUCCACGCGUGGAUCUGUCGUCAUUUCUUGUUGUAGGGACGAAUUCAUUGACUCUUAAGGUAUCAUCAACUCUGUGGAAUAGCGCCCGUGCGUACUGGGAUCAGAUCAAAACGGCUGGGAAAGGGCCAUCUCAUGAUCUUAGUGUGUUUCCGGAGAUGCAGGCUUACGGCAUCGUCGGCGAGGUUGUAAUUGUGCCCUACGUAUUGUUUAACAUUAAUUAA